AUGACUAGGAAAGUGAAGGAGAAGGGGAGAGAUGAGGUUGAGAAAAGAACAGAGGGGACAGGAGAGAGGAUAAUUGCGAAGGGAGAUUACAAAUUAGCUCAUGCAUGGGUAGAAGGAUGGAGGGAAAGAUUGAAGAGAACGAGCGGUUUGGUGGAUAAGGUGAGGGAAGAUGGAAAGUAUGAGGGAGAGGUCACGAAGAUUGAUGUAGGCUGGUUGGAACAGGGGGUCGGGAGGAUGGGGACCUAG